UUAUUAUUUAUUUCCUUGUGGCAAGGAGGAGCGAGUAUGGGACGCGGAUGAAGCCGUGUUGAGGAGCAGCACAGACUCCAAACUGGGUUUAAAAUAUGGCCUCGAUCUCAGAGGCACGUGGGCCAGAGCAUGCCAAGAGCAUGCCAGGCUAUAGUUUUGGGGUGCGCUCUUACCUGCACUAUUUCUACGAGGAGUGUACAGCCUCUGUAUGGGACCAGGAGGAUGUUCAGAAUCAGCGUUCACACUAUUGGUGGAGUUCAGGCCUCUGCAAGAUUUCUCUUGCAUUCGGAGCAUUUCUGUUAGCCAUGGGUUUGGUAGUGUUAGCCGUGGGUUUUGCCGUUCCAACUCGAAUCGAGGCAUUUGGCGAGGGCGAAUUGCUCUUCGUUGACCGGCAUUCAAUGCGAUACAACCAGGUCCUGAGCAUGUGUGUCCAGGCUGGCACUGGAAUGCUGACCCUGGGGGGCCUGAUGUUAACCGCUGGCCUGCUGCUGUCUGCUUUCUCCAGACCUACAACUAAUCCAGAGCCUCCUGGGAAAGAAAAGAAGGGCAUCAUUGGGAGGGGAGGUGGAGCAGCUGGAAGGACCCCAACAAAUGUCCUCACUAAAGCUCCUAGUCCAGCUGCAGGUGAAGUAGCUGUGCCCGUUCUCUCAAAAGUGGAGAACAUCCAACCAUAAGUAACCUAAGUAAUCCUAUUUCACUGAAGACCUGGAUACACUAGGCCAGUUUGCUCUGAUGCCGUUAUCUGGUGUAGAGAUUGUAACAGUGAAUCUUAUUGUACUUGUUCAA